AUGGUGGAUAUCCCGACGCAGCUCAAUGGCACGCACGCCGGCAACGGCGAGGGCUGGGUCGUCUUGCCGCGCCCGGACGGCAAGCGCUGCCUCGUGAUCGCAGCCAAUGGUACGACCAUCGCGCGGACGCACAGCGGGAGCGUGCUCAAGAAGUUUCCGUCGGCGCUGCCCAGCGGCUCGCGCAAGACGAAGUAUGGCGCCGACCAGUACUGCGUCCUCGACUGCAUCUUUAACGACGUCGACGGGACCUUUUACGUUCUCGAUGUCAUGUGCUGGAAGGGCUACCUCUUGUACGACUGUACGGCUGAGUUUCGCUUCUACUGGCUUCAAGACAAGCUCUCCGAGACGUCGGCCGCGACUAUCUCGUCGGCCAAUCCAUUUGCCUUUCAGCCGAUUCCGUACUUUGACUGCUCGCCGGAAGGACUCGCGACGGCGUACUAUGGCGCGUUUUCCUUUUCCAAGGACGGACUUCUCUUCUACUGCAAGGCUGGUGUCUAUACGCUCGGACUCUCGCCACUCGUGCUGCUCUGGAAAGACGCAACCACAAGUCCAUACCCGAGCCAGCUCACGAUCGUGCUGACAGUGACCGAGGCUUUUGCGUGUGAAACGAUUGAAGGACACGCGCUCACAACGCUCGCACCCGAGACCAUGACGGGGCAUGAGAUUGUGGCGGGCGAUCUGGUGCGGUGCUCGAUUGAGACGCUGGCGUGGACGGUGGCGGACGACAGCUCUGUGGUGGUUGAUGCGACCGGCGUUCAUUUUCAGAAACGUUGCUCGGCCCAGCGCGGGAUCGCCGACAGCUGGACCAAGAUUGCGCACAUUCUCAGCACCUCGUGCUCGAUUCAGCACCUCCUCGAGGCGACGGCCGAUGUCGGUAUGGACACGGAAGGCUGA